AUGCAGAAGAGAAACAAGAAAAAUUCUCCCAAAUACCACGCAGGCUGGCGCCGUGUCGUCAGCAAUUUCAGUCCCUCAUGGUUCUCCACGACUAUGGGCACCGGAAUUGUCGCCAUACUCUUCCAUAUCAUUCCGUUUGGCCAUGAGUACCUGCGCUACGUCUCCCUCGUCUUCUUCAUUCUAAAUUUCGUCCUCUUCGCUACCGUGUUGGCCAUGUCGCUGCUGCGGUACACCCUCUACCCCGAGAUCUGGAGCGUGAUGAUCCAGGAUCCCACCAACUCGCUCUUCCUCGCGACCUGUCCGAUGGGCUUUGCCACGCUCAUCGAGCUGUGGGUGUUGAUCUGUGUACCGAUCUGGGGGGAGUGGACGCGUACCCUCGCCUGGGCUCUCUGGAUCCUCGACGCCGUGGCGGCGGCCUCGGUGACGGUGUCGCUUUCAUUCAUCUUGUACGCCUUGUUGUCUUUUUCUUUGCGCAUUGGAAAUGCAGACAGGAAUUGCACUGAACAGAUAUCUAGAAUCUCCCAAACUUACAUCACCUCGCUCGAGCGCAUCACCGCGCUGCAGCUCCUCCCCAUCGCGGCCACGAUCGUCGCUGCAGGCACCGGCGCCGAAGUCGCGGAGAUCCUGCCGGACCCGCAGCGUGCGUUAGCGACCGUGCUGGUCUCGUAUGUCCUGUGGGGGAUGGGCGCGCCGCUUGCGAUGACCAUCCUGGUGAUCUACUACCAGCGGCUGGCGGUGCACAAACUGCCCUCUCGCGAAACAAUCGUGAGCUGUUUUCUGCCACUGGGGCCGCUAGGAUUCGGUGGAUUCGGAAUCCUGUAUCUCGGAAAAGUCACGCGCAACCUCCUGGCUUCGCAUCCCGCCAUCGACCCGGUCGCCGGCUCGAUCGCCUACACGCUGGGCUUCUUCAUCUCCCUGCUCAUGUGGAGCUUCGGCCUGAUCUGGCUCGUCUUUGCGAUGGCGACCAUCUACCACGCCUCGCCGUUCCCCUUUAACAUGGGCUGGUGGGGGUUCACCUUUCCGCUGGGCGUGUAUGCGGCCAACACCAUCCUGCUGGGCCAGCAGAUGGACCUGAUCUUCUUCCAGGUCUUCGGGACCAUUCUUGCGGCAGCAGUGGUCCUGCUGUGGCUGGUGGUAGGCGCUCGGACGGUGCAUGGCGCGUGGCACGGGAGUCUGUUCUAUGCGCCUUGUUUGCAGAACCUGAAGGACAAGGCGGAUUCCCCAGAGGCCAUCAUUCGCCAGGCCUAG